UGUUGCAGAAGUCGUCGACGUUCCACACUUGCACGAGAAAACAAUACCGGAAGAAAGAAAGGAGAGUUACCAAAGUGAGAUUCCUAAAAGAAGAAGAUAUGGAGAUCGAAGAAGUGAGCAGCUUCGAGGCCUUGCCCUUGCUUUCGCUGAAUCAUAUCUCUCUACUUUGCCGGUCGGUGUGUGACUCAGUCCGGUUUUACGAGGAUGUACUGGGCUUCGCUCUCAUCAAACGCCCCUCCUCUUUCAAUUUCAAUGGUGCAUGGCUGUACAAUUAUGGAAUUGGAAUCCACCUGAUUGAGAACCCUUCAUUGGAUGAAUAUGACGCAACCGGUUACGAGCCAAGGCCUAUAAAUCCCAAAGACAAUCACAUCUCUUUCCAGUGCACCGAUGUUGGGCUAGUGAAGAGGAGGCUGCAGGAGAUGGGGAUGAGGUAUGUGACGGCUGUGGUGGAGGAAGCCGGAGUGAAGGUCGACCAGGUCUUCUUCCACGACCCGGACGGGUACAUGAUCGAGAUCUGCAACUGUGACAAGAUCCCGAUCCUUCCCCUCUCCGGCUCGGCGUCUAGCUGUUUCAAGCCCAUGAGGAUGGGAAGCAGCUUCGAGAAAGGCGCGAUGGCCUCAACCAAGUGCGGGUUCAUGGAAAGGGUGAUGAUGGAGAGCCUGAGCUUGGACAUGAUGAACUUCUCCUUCUAAGGUAUAUUGAUAGUCGAUAUGGGCCGGUAGCAAAAGCAUUGGCCAGUUAGAUCGAUGAUUGAUCCAAGUUUAUUUUAUUUUCGGACAAGAACAGCAUAAGAGAGUGCAAAAACACAAACAAAAGACACUUUCUUUCUCAUAAAAAAUCAUUUGUUAAUUAUUGCAAUUUGCAUGUCAAAAGGCAAAAGGUUAAAAGCUUGUGUCGUCAAUAAAUAGUCAAGUGCUAUGUAUACCCUAUGGUGUAUUACAAUGUGGUAAUUUUGUUUGUCGGGUGUCAUUGUUGGCAAGGAAAUGUUUGUAUGAAUGUCAGGUUCAUAUGAUCUAUAAAUAAAAGUUGUGAAAUAGUUUAUUAUGGAUAAA